AUCCUCCUUCCAGUCACAUCAUCUACAAAAGAGACAAGGUGGAGCUCGGAGUCCAGAACACGCUGAUCUGUCAUGUGACCGGUUUCUAUCCUGCUCCUGUUAAAGUCUACUGGACCAAGAACGCAAAGAACGUGACCGAAGGAACCAGCAUCAAUGUUCCUUACCCCAACAAAGAUGGUUCCUUCAGACAGUCCUCCAGACUGGAGUUCAUCCCACAGCUGGGAGACAUGUACAGCUGUUCAGUGGCACACCCAACACUGAGCCAACCACUGACCAGGAUCUGGGAUGUGGAGGUGCAGCAGCCAGGUGUUGGACCUGCAGUGUUUUGUGGACUGGGUCUGACUAUCGGUCUGCUCGGUGUGGCAGCUGGAACCUUCUUCCUCAUCAAAGGAAACGAGUGCAGCUGAUUGGCUGAUGAUGUUAAUAAUUAAUGAGUAUAAACUAAUCAGUUAUUGGCAGAAGUUAAACAGCUACUAUCACUGUAUGUGUGUUUUAUAUUUUAAUCAUUAAAUUCAUCCUUUGCUCAGAACACCCCCCCAUCUAACCAACAGAGAAACACUUUAAUAACCUGAUAUUAAUAAUCUGAUAUUAAUAACAUGGACUUUGUCUUUAUAGAUUAGUUUAAUCUUACUAAUAAAUUUCAUUCUGUCCUGCUUGUUGUUGUUACUGAUUUUUCCUGUUCUGUGUUUAAUCAUCAAUAUAUUUACAUUUAUGUAUUUAAUUAUACACACACACACACACACAUACACACACACACACACACACACACACACACACACACACACAUAUAUAUUAUAUAUAUUAUUCUAUAAAGUAAUGUCAAUUAAUUAAAAAUAUAUUAUGUAAAAUAAGUGAUUGCAUAAAUAAGUCAGACUCAAACAAUCGGAUUUUACUCCAUUCUGCUGAAACUCUGUCAGGUUAUAAGAGGAUCAGACGUAAACAGUGUUUUUAAUUCCAGCUAUAAACAUUCACCUUGUUGUCUUUAAAUCAUAACUGAACUCCAGAUGAUGUUCAGUGACUUCAAUAAGCUUUUCAUGGAGUUUCUUUUGUCUUCAUGGUGUAAUUCUAGCAGGAAUACUGAUGAACCAGUGACUUCCACACUCAGGUGUCUUUAUACUAUAAUCAGAAUAUUAGCAAUAAUUAGCUGGACCUCUGUUGAAUUAGGUCAGUCACUUUAAAGGAGGUGAAUAUAUUCAUGCUAUCACUUAUUUUAUAUACAUAUAUAAAGAGUUGUUUUUAUAUUGACCAUGAUUCCAUUUAUAUAUAUAAGGGAAGGGAUAUAUAUAUACACACAGUCACACACACACACACACACACACACACACACACACACACAUAUAUUAUAAUUAAUGUAAAUGGUGAUUUUAGCUGCAGCUUCUUCUCGUCUGUAACAGUCAGAUUUGUGUGGAGGGAAAAUGUUUGUAUCACUUUAUAAUCUGAGAUAAAUAAAUAAAGAUGAUUUAACAGA